AGUUUUGGGGAGGUGGGGUUUUGUCAUUUUUUCUGAAAUUAGAUGAAUUGAUUUGUGUAUUCAAAUAGUGUGUGUGAGUGAACUGCUAUGAUUUGCUUUUGAAAAUGGAAGCAUUGGAUAUGGACUGGUCAUGGUUCCGUGAGGCGUUGACAUUGUUAGUUGAUCAUACAUUGUGAUUGAGGCAAAAUCAUGUUUGAUAGUUACAACCUUACAAUCUUAAUGUGAGAAUUUGAAAAUAGAAGAGUUGUUGAAUUUGUUGUCGAAGAUGGAUUGAUCAUGGUUUCGUGAGGCGUUGACAUUGUUAGUUUUGGACUUUUGGUUGAUUUAGUGUUGAUCAUACAUUAUGAUUAAGGCAAAAUCAUGUUUGAUAGAUAAAAAAUUACAAUCUUGGUGAAUAGAUUGUAAGAAUUGUUGAAUUUGUUGUCGAAGAUGGAUUGAUCAUGGUUUCAUGAGGCGUUGACAUUGGUAGUUUUGGUUGAUUCAGUGUUGAUCAUACAUUAUGAUUGAGGCAAAAUCAUGUUUGAUUGAUAGUUACAAACUUACAAUCUGAAUUUGAGAAUUUGGAUAGAUUCAAAUAUAUAUAAUGGACUAUGGCUUUCAGCUUGAAUAGAUGCAUUCACUAGCUAUGUUAAUCAGUUUAGGGUAUGUGGUCGGUUGUGGUGAAGGUGUAUCUCAUUUUAUUUUGUAGUUUACGAUAUGUGAGCUUGGUGAAUCGAGUAUAGGAAGUUCGUCUUGACCUGGAUACAAAAACGGGGAAGGAUAGUGAUGUAUUAAUGAAUCUUAGAUGGGAAGAGCAAAGAUCACUUAACCAUGAAACAGAAUGAGCAAGAGUGGGUUGAAUACCGGGAUGUGAUGGAAGAUGUAGUGAAAAAGAGUGGACUUGACAAGAGCAUCUUUUAUGACCUUAGAGGCAAUCAUGAUAAUUUCGGUGUGCCAGCCGUUGGUGGCACCUUUGAUUUCUUUUCAAACUAUAGUUUAAAUGCUCAAGCAGGAAGAACUGGGCAUGUAAACAGUGUCACACUUCAGACAGGAAUCAGAAGGCAUCUAUUUGUUGGGAUUGAUAGCACCAUGGCUGUCGGCCUCAGAGGUCCAACCAAUCUUUUUGGGCAUCCAACUGAUAAAUUAUUAGCUGAGCUGGAUUCUGAGCUGUCAAAAUGGGGUGCUGAGCCAAAGAACCCAGUGAUAAAGAUCUCAUUUGGACAUUUUCCUCUUUCAUUCUCAGCAGCCUCUGAAUCUGGAAGAACCCUGAAAGAUGUUUUUCUCAAACAUUCAAUAUCUUCUUACCUAUGUGGACAUCUCCACUUGAGAUUUGGCACGAAUUUGAAACGGCUUCACCGACCAGGUAAUGAUCUGAUGCAGCUAAAUAUGCAACAGAAAUCCUCCAAGAAAAAUUUGAAUGGAUCAUCUCAUGUCCAGGAAUUCUGGGAGUGGGAGAUGGGUGACUGGAGGAAAAGUAGAGCCAUGCGUAUUUUGGCCGUUGAUAGAGGUCAUUCUUCAUUUGUUGAUAUCAACUUGAAAUCGGGUGCUAAAAAAACUAUCAUCUUACCCACUUUUCCACUGGACUCACGCUUCACUUUAACAUCAUCUCAACUAACUGAAUUUGAACAUCAAUCGUUGGACCCCUCACACUACAUGACCAUAAGAGCUUUGGUCUUCUCAUCAUCUUCAAUCGUCACAGUAGUGGCUCGAGCUUAUGACUCUCAUCUUGGAAAUCUUGUUCUGGUUUUGGAGGAUUCAAUGACGAAGAUCAAGGAUAGUUCCUCUAGAGGAGCUCUUUAUGCAGCACCUUGGAAUUUCAAAGCAUUUCAGGAUUCAUCUCCAGAAAGGUACUGGCUACAGAUAGAAGCAAUUGAUGUAAAAGGUAGAUCAACCUUAACCGAAUUGAGGCCAUUCUCAAUAAAUGGUCUUUCUAGUUCGAUAUCUUGGACAUGGAAGGAGUUUAUGGUCAUGGGUUUCCAAUGGGCUGCUUUAUAUUUCCCAAUACUCAUGAUUUCUCUUGGGUUUUUCUUCUUUAUUCUUCUUCUCCCUGUAGCAUUGCUACUUUUCUCCAAGAGACAGUACACAUUACAAAAUUUCACCACAGAUAAAAGUGUCAAGAAUUGUGUUGGAUGGGUCUUGACAGAGUUGUAUAAGCUGCGUUCGGUGUGGCUCGGAUUUCUAGGUUACUUGUUCUACCUUGUUUUAUGUCCUUGGUUGUCCGGACAAUUAUUUACUGAUGGUGGUGAAAGAGGAUAUAUGACUUACCGGGGGUGGGUAGUGAAACAUCCUGAUACGGGUAAAAAAUUGGAGUACCUUGGGUUUCCAGAUAUAAUGGUGAUAGUUAUUCCUCAUCUGGUAUUUGUGGUUUUCCCUUCUCUUCUGGUGGCCUUAGGUUUGGCCGUGGAAAGUGAAAUGUAUAGAGUACACCUUCUAGUACUUUCAGGAAAGAAGGAAGAUGAUCAUUGUAAGGAGACCCCAAAAUCUAGACACAAUAACAAUCAAAAUCAUAGACCUUCCAAGUUCCAUAUUGGUACACGCUGGAUCAGGAAAGUUCUUAUGGUAGUUUGUCUGGUGAUCUUCUACAAGCAUUUUAAGAGUUGCAAAUUGCUGGUGAAAGCUUAUGAAAUGAAUCCGUUGUUACAUUUCCCAGUGUAUACUUUCUCAAUCCCACUGCUGCUGUCAUAUGCUAUCUACAAAACCAACAGACACUAGCAUUAUCAGCAGACUUCUGUGUGUUGCAGCUUGUAGCUGGUUUUUGAUAGAUAGGGGCUUAACUGUAACUUUGUUAUUUGUUUACGGACAACCAGUGGAUCGACUCGGAUGUUUUUUAGCAGCAGAGCAUGCCGAGCAUCAGUUGUUCUUUUUUUUUUUUUUUUGGGUGUAGAGAGAGCCACAAAAGGCAAAGGCGACAUAUGUUAUAGGCGGGAUUCGAUCGCAGGUCUUUGGUUCUAACCCCUCAGGACUUUACCAGCUAAACAAGUUGACAUCCACAACAUCAGGUAUUGAUUGGAGGUGAAAUAUUCAUGGUCGUUGAAGAUACGUGUGUUUAGAAAGGGUAUGAGAAGAACUUUGAAAACGAGAGUUGAAACAUUGUAGAAACUGUCGCCAUUGCAGAAGCAGGACUGCAGUCAUCGAGAUUACGAUACUCCGAAAACGGUUAUGGAGAAAUGUAUUUUCUGCAAGAAUGUCAGUUGGUAGAUACUAACAUGCUGUAAUACUGUAGUGUAACAUGCUGGGUUACUGGCUUGGUUGUUGGUUCGAAAUAUUUACCAUUGUAUCAAAAAUUCAAAACUGUAAUUUAAACACAGAAAAUGUUACUGAAAUACAAAAGAGAAUACGACAGAUGUUUGAGUCA